AUUGGGGAAGUGUACCCAGUAGGUGAUGAGAUACACCCAGGGGCGGACUGACCAUUUGGAAACUCGGGCACUGCCCGAGGGCCCGGGGUCAGUAGGGGGCCCCAUGAGAUGCCCCUGGUACCUUUUUCAUAGGCUUUUUUGAGUUUGGGCAAGGACACAGGGGCCCCAUGAUCCUCUGCCUGAGGGCCAGCGGUCAGUAGUGGGCCCCAUGAGAUGCCCCUGGUACCUUUUUCAUAGGCUUUUUUGAGUUUGGGCAAGGACACAGGGGCCCAU